CAGCAACGCUUGUUACUUCUGAUGCAACAUGAUUAUGAUGAUUGCCUCAUAAAAUAAAUGUUUUAUUAGCCCUCCUUGUUUUACUGUAUGUUUAGUAUUCAGAUUGUAAAUGCGACAAAUCUGGUAAUCAAGAACGUUGUUCAUUCUGGAAAGAAAACAUUCACAGGACAUAUCUGUUUUACAUUUUUGAGUACAUUUGUUGUUUCUGCUACUGUACGAGACAUGCCACCUAAUGAUUUCCAAAAGUUAACUUUCAUAAAUCAUUAUACACUUUAGAAUCAUUAAUGGCAUAUAUGUCUGUAAAUAUUUUGACCACUAUAUGUCCUUCAAACAUUUGUGGUCAUGUAUCGUGUUACUUGUUGAUACACUCUUGUUGAACCAUCUCCUAAUAUAUACAAUUAAGUUUAACUAUAAUAAUGGAUAUGGAUACAAAAUAGCUGUCCGUUAGUCUAACAGUGCUCCCUUUAAGUACUUUAAUAAGAUGCUUUUUUAUGUAAAUACAAUAUGUACAAUAAGUGUGUGUGAUACGAACUCUACCUAGGGAGGUCAAACACUACAGCUAGUCACAAUAAAUUGUUUUUUAAAGCGAUAGUUCGCCCUAAAAUAGCCAUUAAAUCACCCGUUGUCCUAAACCAUAUCACUGUGAAGCAAUAAAGUUUCAUUGAUCGAAAUUUUUGGGUAUGGUUUAUCGAACAAAAACACUAAUAGCACAGAAAGGACAGUUAUAUUUACAUGAGUCAGAAUAAAGGCUUAUGCAACAAGGCUAAUUAUGAUAUUAGUUACAAUCUUAAAUUAUAUGGAUAGUUAAUCCUGCUUGUGAUGUUCAGCCGAAAUUGGUUUGCAGGGUGUGUGCGUGUUCAGUGCUUUGCAGGCAUCUCAGGAAGGGAUAAUGCGUGUGAGAAGACGUCUUACAUGUUCCUGCGGAAGGAGCUGCCGGUGCGUCUGGCUAACACUAUGAGAGAGGUCAAUCUGCUGCCUGACAAGCUCCUCAGUCAACCUUCAGUCAAACUGGUGCAGAAAUGGUACAUGCAAAGUUUUUUUGAACUUCUAGAGUUCGAGAACAGGAAGCCAGAAGACCCACAUGCCCUGAAUGACUUUCUGGAAACUCUCAUUGAGAUCAGGAAUAGACACAAUGAUGUGGUCCCGACUAUGGCCCAGGGUGUAAUUGAAUAUAAAGAGAAGUUUGGUUUCGAUCCGUUCGUCAGCUCCAACAUCCAGUACUUUUUGGACCGCUUCUACACCAACCGAAUCUCUUUUCGCAUGCUCAUCAACCAGCACACUCUCCUUUUUGGCAAUGACAUCAACCCAGCCCAUCCAAAACACAUUGGCAGUAUUGAUCCCAACUGCAAUGUUGCUGAGGUGGUGACUGAUGCAUACGAGACCGCCAAGAUGGUGUGUGAGCAAUAUUAUUCAGCUGCCCCUGAACUCAAGAUAGAGGAAUUCAAUGCAAAGGCUCCUCAAAAACCCAUCCAGGCUGUUUACGUUCCCUCUCACUUGUUCCACAUGCUGUUUGAAUUGUUUAAGAAUGCAAUGCGGGCCACCAAUGAGCUUCACGAGGGUAGUAAGGAGGGUCUUCCUCUUAUAAAAGCAAAAGUGACCCUGGGGAAGGAAGAUCUCUCUGUGAAGAUCAGUGACAGGGGAGGGGGUGUGGCUUUACGGAAGAUUGACAGGCUGUUCAACUACACCUACUCGACUGCACCCACACCCAGUCUAGGCUCGAAACGAGUGCCAUUGGCUGGAUUUGGACAUGGUUUGCCGAUAUCCAGACUGUACGCCCGCUACUUUCAAGGGGACCUCAAGCUGUACUCGAUGGAAGGCGUAGGGACCGAUGCAGUCAUUUACCUGAAGGCUCUCUCCAGCGAAUCAUUUGAGCGCCUGCCCGUCUUCAACAAAUCUGCUUGGCGACACUAUCAAGGAGGCCCAGGAGCGGAUGACUGGAGCAACCCGAGCAAAGAGCCCCGAGAUGCCUCAAAAUACAAGGCUAAAAGAUAAUUGCACUCACCCCAUCCAUGUCCCACGGCACCCAUUACAGACCUACCGUCUUUAGUCUAGCUUCAAUUGCUAUGGCAACAUCAGAUCGAUGCUGAGUGUUCUAUACUUGUAAGCAUUUCCAGAGCAGGAGAGCUGAUGAUGUAAGUGUCAUCAAGUCUCUGCUCCUUCCUCCUUUGUGCAGCUACAGACGUAAGAUGCAGAAUCUCCUUUUAGUGUCUUCCAGGGCGGUUAGAGGAAAGAGUGAGCAUUUGUGGCCGGGGUGUCAGAUACUUUGGUUCUUUCUUUUGUUUGUGCCACACAGUAGCCUCCCUGUUUCAUUUGCUAAAACACCCAGAGAAGGACGCCUGGAGUUUGAGAAGGUCAGAACAAAGGUUCACUGCCAUUCACAAGCACUAGAGAGAGUUUGUCCACAGUUUCUGUGACUACGGCUCCCGGUUUUUGGCAGUGGACUAAUGGAGAAAUAAUUUGAAAAGGCUCUGAAGAAAUGAAAAUAAUUUGGUUAAACUCAAAACGACAUGAAAGCUGUCAAGAACAUUCACCCUAAAACAAAAGAAAAAUCUGGAAUUAUAUUUUGCAGGAAGAAAAUUAAAUAUUAUAGUACAAUUAGCCUAGUCAUGU